UAUUACAGAAUUUGAUUACAACUGGACACAUUAUUCAUAUAGAGUCCCCCUCUUCCUUGUGAGAAACUCAGGUGUUCCUAGUAACCAGAUAGUGUAUAAAGUCCCUUAUUGUGAUAGUGACAAUCCUGUGACCCAGAAGCAAAGGAGAGAAUUGUCUUUGUGUUCAUUUGGGGGAGACGGUUGCUAUGGAGAGGGAUGAUAUCGUAACUCCAUUGUGAACCAGUAAGAACACUCUCGUGGGUCUAACGUCUUCCGGAUGAAGGCUAUUUGAAGUCACCAUAACCUGGUCGGGAGAAGUGUGCCUGUCGGCGGGGAAGGGGACAAUAUCAAGGUUUUAAAUCUUGGAGAAAUGGCUUUCGUCUACUUGGCUAUCAGAUGCUUAUGUACGUUUCUGAUAAGCACAACAUUCGGCUAUACUUCAUCUUCAGACACCGAGAUAAAAGUUAACCCUCCUCAGGAUUUUGAGAUAGUGGAUCCUGGAUAUUUAGGUUAUCUCUAUUUGCAAUGGCAACCCCCACUGUCUCUGGAUAAUUUUAAGGAAUGCACGGUGGAAUAUGAACUAAAAUACCGAAACAUUGGUAGUGAAACAUGGACGACCAUCAUUACUAAGAAUCUACAUUACAAAGAUGGGUUUGAUCUUAACAAGGGCAUUGAAGCGAAGAUACAAACACUUUUAUCAUGGCAAUGCACAAAUGGAUCAGAAGUUCAAAGUUCCUGGGCAGAAGCUACUUAUUGGAUAUCGCCACAAGGAAUUCCAGAAACUAAAGUUCAGGAUAUGGAUUGUGUAUAUUACAAUUGGCAAUAUUUACACUGUUCUUGGAAACCUGGCAUAGGUGUACUUCUUGAUACCAAUUACAACUUGUUUUACUGGUAUGAGGGCUUGGAUCAUGCAUUACAGUGUGUUGAUUACAUCAAGGUUGAUGGACAAAAUAUUGGCUGCAGAUUUCCCUAUUUGGAGUCAUCAGACUAUAAAGAUUUCUACAUUUGUGUUAAUGGAUCAUCAGAAACCAAGCCUAUCAGAUCCAGUUAUUUCACUUUUCAGCUUCAAAAUAUAGUUAAACCUUUGCCGCCAGUCUGUCUUACUUGUACUCAGGAGAGUUUAUAUGAAAUUAAGCUGAAAUGGAGCAUACCUUUGGGACCUAUUCCAGCAAGGUGUUUUGUUUAUGAAAUUGAGAUCAGAGAAGAUGAUGCUACCUUGGUGACUACCACAGUUGAAAAUGAAACGUACACCUUGAAAAUAACAAAUGAAACCCGACAGUUAUGCUUUGUAGUAAGAAGCAAAGUGAAUAUUUAUUGCUCAGAUGAUGGAAUUUGGAGUGAGUGGAGUGAAAAACAAUGUUGGGAAGUUGAAGAACUAUUGAAGAAAACUUUGCUACUUUUCUUGUUACCAUUUGGUUUCAUCUUAAUAUUAGUUAUAUUUGUAACCGGUCUGCUUUUGUGUAAGAGAGACAGCUACCCGAAAAUGUUUGUGUUAUUAAUGAUGAUUUGUUAAUAACAGAGUUCUUUCUACAUUCCAGAAUUUUUCUGUGAUAGAUGAAGACUUUCCAUAUCAAGAGACAUGGUAUUGACUCACCAGCUUCCAGUCAUGGCCAAAUGUUCAAUAUGAGUCUCAAUAAACUGAAUUUUUCUUGC